AUGUCUAAUUCAACAAACUGCUCGGCUGUUGCAACAAUUUGUGAUGGUGCAUCCUGUGUGGUGCCUGAGAGUGACCCCAACUACAUUCUAAGUGUAGUUAUGAGUACAGUUCUCACCAUUAUGUUGGCUUUGGUGAUGUUCUCCAUGGGCUGCAACGUAGAAGCCAAGAAAUUCUUAGGGCACAUACGGCGGCCAUGGGGGAUAUUUGUCGGCUUCCUCUGCCAGUUUGGAAUCAUGCCUCUUACAGGAUUCAUCUUGUCAAUAGCCUUUGAUAUCCUUCCCAUCCAAGCUGUGGUGGUUCUCAUCAUAGGAUGCUGUCCUGGAGGAACUUCUUCCAAUAUCUUGGCAUAUUGGGUUGAUGGUGACAUGGACUUGAGCGUCAGCAUGACUACAUGUUCUACACUGCUUUCCCUAGGGAUGAUGCCACUGUGUCUCUUUAUCUAUACCAAAAUGUGGGCUGAUACUGGGACAAUCACGAUUCCCUAUGAUAGUAUAGGUAUUUCUUUGGUAACUCUUGUUAUUCCUGUUUCUGUUGGGAUGUUUGUUAAUCACAAGUGGCCCCAGAAAGCAAAGAUCAUACUUAAGAUUGGGUCCAUAACAGGAAUCGUUCUCAUUGUGCUCAUUGCUGUGAUUGGAGGAAUAUUGUAUCAAGGUUCUUGGUCCAUUCAUCCCAAACUCUGGAUUAUAGGAACAAUAUUUCCUAUUAUUGGCUAUUCCCUGGGUUUCUUUCUAGCUAGAAUAGCUGGUCUGCCCUGGUACAGGUGUCGGACAGUGGGUUUCGAAACAGGGAUGCAGAAUACCCAGCUGUGUUCCACCAUAGUCCAGCUCUCCUUCAGUCCUGAGCAGCUCACGUAUAUGUUCACCUUCCCACUCAUCUACAGCGUUUUCCAGCUGGUUUUCGGAGGAUUAUUCUUAGGAUUUUAUGUGGCAUACAAGAAAUACUAUGGAAAAAAUAAAGAAGAUCUUCUAGAGAGCAGAGACAAUGAAGCACUACCUGAGUCGUCGUUCUACAAGACAAAUGGAGGAUUUCAGCCAGAUUCAAAACCCUUCCCCCCUAAUUUGGGGCGAGCAGAGCUGCACCCAGUGGAAAUAAAGCCGUUUCAGGAUUAUCGAAAACUCAGCAACAAUCUUGGUGGUCCUGGGUCAUCACGUACUCCCUCAGCUGGAAGGUCUUUCUCUGGCCUCAAUUCCCGCCUAAAGGCCCCACCUCCCAACUACAGUGGAGUCUUCCGCACCCAGCGCAUUGACCUCUACCAGCAGGCCUCCCCACCGGAUGCCCUGCGCUGGAUGCCGAAGCCUUGGGAACGGACAGGGCCACCUUCUCGAGAAGGGUCCUCUCGAAGGACAGAAGAGCCUGGGUCCCGAGGGGACAAGGAACCUGGGUUACCCCCACCCCGCUGA